GAGGCGCAAAAAAAAAAAAAAAAAGCUGCAAUAACUCUUCGCCAAAAUCAAAAUGAAGAGUAACAGUACCAAAUCUCAACCUCCAUGGCUUCCUAUGCCAUUCUUUCUCGUCUUCUGCUUACACGUCAUACACACAGAGUCCCGCGUUUCAGCCACCGCCGCUGCCGUUAGAAGAAAACUGGACGAUAUAGCUGGCUCCAUCGACAUAGACUGCGGAUUACCCACCGACGCCACAUACACCGACCCGAUCACCGAGAUACCUUACAUCGCCGACGACGCCUACAUCACCACCGGCGUCAACUCCGAGAUCUCGUCGAUCCACAUCUCCGACGACCUCCCCGUCCCGCUCCGGACUCUAAGGAGCUUCCCCGAAGGGGACAGGAACUGCUACAGCAUGAGGCCGCCGGAGGGGAGGGACAAGAUCUACUUGAUCAGGUUCGAAUCUUUUAACUAG